CAUUGUUUAUGUAAGCUUCCGGCAUGCUUGCAUACUCUUAUUAGCCUGCGCUUGUGUGGUUUUUCUUUGCUCUCUUCCUCUCUCUCAUCCUCCCCCAUGCCAUAUGCCAUCGCAUCUGCUUUUAGUUUUAUAGCUUACGAUUUAACAUCUAUUGCACAAAUUCCACCAUCUCCGUCAGACCACCCUUCUCCCUCCCCCUCUCUCUCUCUCUCUCUCUCUGUGUAUGUGUGUGUGUGUCUGCUCUCCUGUGAUGAUUUGCUGAUGGUGGAGUUUCUUCGUCUUAUGCACUCGGUUGCAGUGGCGUUUGGUUCUCCUACACGAAACUCACCUCAGAUUUCGGUUCUUCUUCUUCUUCUUCUUCUUUUGGAGAGAGCGCGUAUGGUGAGAAAAGGCCUUCUCUAGUGGUAUUGGAGCUUUGAUUGGAUUUGUUUUGUUCUUGCUAUAUAUGGUAAUAGGAAUGGCAAAAGGUGGCAGAGGACUCUCGAGCUAAUAUUACCAAAACGAUCAGUCCUUUUGGCUCUGAAGUGUCGUCUGGUGGUGAAUCCAGUGCUUGAAUUGGUGUACAAGAAAGGAUUGCGGAAGGAUCCAAGCUAUCCUCUAUAAAGUAUAGAGACAGGGGAAGAAGGAAAAUCUCGCCUUUUGUAUUGGAAGCCGCUAAAGGUGAUAGUUUUAAGAGACGAGUGAUAUUGGAAGCACUUCUCCGAGCUCCAUAGCUUAGUGGAAUAGGAGGAGAAGAACAAAAGAAAAGCUGGCAAGCAAGUGGUGGGAGAGAGUAGAUGUGUCGGCGAUGGCCGGAAUGGACUCCGGCGGUGGAGGCGGUGGCGGAAGUUCGUCUCGCUAUCUCCAUCACCUCCUCCGCCCACCGCCUCCGCCGCCGUCAACCCACGUCUCACCGGAGCAGUCCAAGCCCUCCCCGGAGAAGAACAUGAAGUCCUCCCCCGACAAGGGCGGCGGCGAGCCCUCCACUUCCGCCGCUGCAGAGGCGGGCGGCGAAGCGCUCGGCCCCGUCCGUCGCCCCCGGGGCCGGCCAGCGGGGUCGAAGAACAAGCCCAAGCCCCCCAUCAUCGUGACCCGAGACAGCCCCAACGCGCUCCGCUCCCACGUCCUCGAGGUCUCCGGCGGCGCCGACGUCGUCGAGUGCGUCUCCGAGUACGCCCGCCGGCGGGGCCGGGGUGUGUUUGUCCUCAGCGGUGGCGGAGCCGUCGUCAACGUCGCGCUCCGCCAGCCCGGGGCGUCGCCGCCGGGGAGCGUGGUGGCGACCCUCCGCGGCCGCUUCGAGAUCCUCUCACUCACAGGCACCGUCCUCCCACCGCCGGCGCCUCCGGGGGCUGGUGGUCUGACCGUCUUCCUCGCCGGCGGUCAAGGGCAAGUGGUCGGGGGGAGCGUGGUGGGACCGCUGGUAGCGGCAGGGCCGGUGGUGCUGAUGGCCGCGUCAUUCGCCAACGCGGUGUAUGAGCGGCUGCCGAUCGAGGGGGACGAGGAGGCAGCGGUACCGCCAGUGGCGCAGGGGCAGCAGCCGGCGGCCUCUCAGUCAUCCGGCGUUACGGGCGGUGGCGGUGGUGAGGGUGGUGGAAGCGGCGGCGGUGGAGGUGGCAGCGGUGUUUCGUUCUGUAAUUUGGGUGCAAAUAUUGGGAGUUAUCAGUUUCCUGGUGAUGCUUAUGGAUGGGGUGGUGGUGGUGGUGGUGGAGUUAGACCACCCUUUUGAUGAUUCUAAGCUCACUUACUACUACUACGACUAUUGCUACUACUACUACCAUAAGUUUCUCUCACUGAAAGGAGGGAGCUCUUUGCCUUUGGUUAUUUUGAACUCUCGUAAAGAAGAAGAAGAAGAAGAAGAAGUGUGUAGGUGUAAUGGUGCAGUUUGGUUGGUGGUGAUCGCCGGACGGGAGAGCUGGAUUGAUGAUACUUUUGGCGGUAAUUUAAGUGUGUUCUUAGAGAAGUCGAAGGAUUCUAAAGGUGAUGCGCAUUAGGCCACCUUUGUGCUUAUUUUGCUGGCUUUGGGAUUGGAAGAGUGAUAUGACGUAGAGCAUUUUGAUGCGGAUUUGAUAACUAGAAAUGGGAUUUCGAGUGGCUGAACUUGGAUUUUGCUUUCAAGAAGAGAAGAGAAAUGGGUGGAAGAAGAAUGGAAGAAGGAACUGGAGAGGUCAGCUUGGGGGCACGGGGAUUCACAGGCUUCCAAAGGUCAGUAGAUAGAUCCAAAGUUCAUGCACACAUGUAUCAUUUCACAUUUUUCUUCUCCGAUCUCCUUUGUCUAUCUCAGCUUUGUCAUGUAAUGGAGUAUGUAGAUCUGAUGUAGAACGUGCUUAUUCUCUUUCAACACACUAUAUCCAUGUACUCAAUCCAUCCUCGUUUGGUCAUUCCUAGACCGGAAUUUAUAGUGUUCACUAUAUAUUAAAAGGGUCUUACAAGAGAUUUUCUCUUUUAAGUUUCAGAGAAAGAGAGAGAGAUUUUAA